UCACAAUCACAAAUGGAAAGGUUUGGAUGAAGAAUUACCUGUUCCAGGGAAAAGAGCACCGAAUGAUGCCUCCACAUCAUCCGUUGGCCGUCUCCUUGACAACAGACCGAGGCUUCCGGGACGGUAGACGUUACUUAGCAACCGUGAAAACAACAUGGCCGACGACAAAGAGGCAGCAGAGGCUUUAAUAGCAGAAACCCAAAAGAAAAUUAAAGAUGCAUUUGCUGUGUUUGAUCAUGAGGGUAACAGCACUGUGGACGUCAGAGAAAUUGGUACAAUCAUUAGGUCUCUGGGCUGCUGUCCAAGUGAAGAAGAACUUCAUGAAAUGUUAGCAGAGGUGGAGGAAGAAGAACCCACUGGCUAUAUACAGUUUGAUAAGUUCCUUCCGAUGAUGACUAAAGUAUUAAUAGAAAGAAAAUACAGGCCCCAAUCAGAGGAAAUUAUUUUGCGAGCAUUUGAGGCAAUGGAAUUCUUCAGCCAACCCCAGUCGGGCCAACUGACUGCCCCGGACCGACACCAGCCACCCCAGGCCCACAGCCAGCGCGGAGAAGAAGCUUAACUUCCGCCAGGCUAACCGAUAGCCCUGAACCGAUGACACCAGCGGUGCCAGGCUCACAGUCAGCACGGAGAAGAAGCUCAACUCCCGCCAGGCCAACCGACAGCCCCAGACCGACUACACCAGCGGCCUUAGGCUCACAGCCAACGCGGAGAAGAAAUACAACUAUUUCAUAGUUUGAAAGCAGUAUUUACUUACCUAGAAGAAUCAAAGCUGGAAAACACGGAAGAAAUGAAGGUGUAUGUACACAGCUCCACUGCUUUCCAGCAAUGUUUUGCAUAGUGACCUUUGACCUGAGCAUGAGCAGUCGGAAUACCGAACUCGCUUAUUCCGCAAGGACAAAAUUCUGUAAAAUGACUGGCCGUAACAUGGGGUUCACCUGUACAGUAAAUGGCAGGAUGCUUGGGAAUAUCAAUGUACAGAGGGAUCUCGGGGUAUAACUCUAUAGUUUGCUGAAAGUGGUAGAAAAGGUCUGGUAAAGAAGUCAUACGGUAUACUUGCCUUUAUUGGUUGGAGUAUUGUGUAUGAAAGUUAGAAAGUCAUGUUGCAGCUGUAUGAAACUUUAGUUAGGCCACAUUUGGAGCAUUUCUGGUCACCAUACUAUAGGAAAGAUGUGAAGGCUUUGACGAAGGUACAGAAGAGAGUUACCAAGAUGUUGGCUGGAUUGGAAUUCAUCAGCUAUAAUGAGAGGUUUGAACAAACUUCGAUUGUUUUCUCUGGAGAGUCAGAGGCUGACAGGCGACCUGAUAGAAGUAUGUAAAAUAAGGGGUGGCAUAGAUAGGGUGGUAGAGUUUUCUUUCCAGGAAUGGAUAGGUCAAAUACUAGAACACAUAGAUGGCAUAGCUUUAAUGUGAAAGGUCGAAAGUUUAAAAGGGGUACUUUUGUUACACAAAGAAGAGUAGAUGCCUGGAACAUGCUGCUAGGGGUAGUGACUGAAGCAUACAGCAUAAAUGGAGACAUUUUGCUAAAUGUGUGAACAUAUAGGGGAUAAAGGGAUACCGACCAUAUGAUGGCAAAUGGGUUUUGUGUAGAUUAGCAUCAUGAACGGCGCAGAUGUGGUGAGUCAAAGGGCCUGCUCCUAUUCUAUGUUCUGUGUUAUUAUCUAUAGACAUGGAAAUCAGACAGUCCAAUUUAUGAAAUGUUGCAUCGCACUGUCUGCUUCUAGCUAAGGUAAUAGGAGUUCAGCAUGUCUCAUCCCAGAUCUUUUGGCUACGUUAACCCCACAUUCAUCUUGAGGACUAUUGGAGAUGAUCUCUUUAAAAUGUAUGUGAUUGUCGUAGAGAGGAUGCUUAUUGACAGGCAUGCUUUUGAAUUACUACAGAGAGGAAGUCGGGAUCUCCAUCAGCCCAUCUGCUGGGUUUGGGCAAAAAGGGACAAAAACUUACCUGGGUAUACAGAUUACAGUCAUAGCACAUUUAUAGUUAGAAAAA